AGCUCGUAGUCGUAGACUUCCAGACCACAGGACAGGAUGCCCUUUCCGGUUCUGGGGCCUCCUCGACCAGGAGGCACAAGAGCGCCGCCACCCCGGCCGGCGUGGAACACCAACCGUAACCUCGUGGUGACCCACCCGCUGCUCUCGCUCCUCGAGUCAUGUCCCUCCUUCCCCCGUCUCCUCCAGCUCCACGCGCUCCUCACCGUCUCCGGCCUCGCCGCUCACCGUUUCCCCGCGUCUCGCCUACUCGCCUUCUGCGCCCUCUCCACGCCUCCCCGCGUCGACCACGCCGCCGCGAUACUUGCCCGCGCCGCCCCCGGUCCCAACGCCUACAUGCUCGCCACCAUGAUGCGAGCCUUCCUCCGCGCGCACCUCCCGCGUCGCGCCUUCGCGCUCUUCCGCCGCGUCAUCAGCGACAGCCUCCCCGCCGACGCGCGCACGCUCGUCUUCGCACUCAAGGCAGCCGCGGCCGCCUCUGAGAACGGCUCCCCAUCCGCUGGCGAGGGUGUUCACUGCCUGGCCCUCAAGUGGGGGUUCACUGGCCAGAGCAUGCUGGUGGGGAACGCGCUGGUGCACUUCUACGCUAACCGCAAGUCCUCAUUGGCAAAUGCGCACAAGCUGUUCGAUGAGAUGCCUGAGAGGGACGUCGUCUCUUGGACGACGCUGCUGGAUGGAUACGCGCGUGGAGAGUUGGCUGACGAGGCAUGGCUAGUGUUUUGCAGGAUGGUGGCGGCAGGGGGGCUGCAGCCCAACGAGGUGACGCUGGUUCCUGUGGUGUCAGCGAUUGGGCAGAUGGGGUUGCUGCCGCUGGGGAGGAGGGUGCAUCAGUAUGUCGCAGAGGGCGGUGUACGCGUCAGUGUUAAUUUGGCGAAUGCACUGAUUGAUAUGUUCGGAAAAUUUUGGUGUGUGGCCUCUGCCAGGGAGGUUUUCGAUAGCAUGGCAGUCAAGGAUGUGUACUCCUGGACGACCAUGGUUAACGUCUAUGGCAAGUGUGGUGACCUGGAAACCGCAGCUCUGCUGUUUGAGGAUAUGCCUAAGAGGAAUGCAGUUUCUUGGAGUUGCAUGGUUGCAGCUUACUCACAGGCAAAUCAGCCCGAGGAAGCAAUUAGGCUUUUUAAACAGAUGGUUGAACAAGGUAUCGAGCCGAUCAAUGCUACCCUUGUGAGUGUGCUUUCAGCAUGUGCUCAGUUGGGUUGCCUGGACCUUGGAAGGUGGAUAUAUGAUACCUACAUUAUUACUGGUAAGGCUGUGCUUACUGUGAAUUUAGGUAAUGCAUUAAUUGAUAUGUAUGCAAAAUGUGGAGAUUUGCAUGCAGCAUCAAAAUUGUUUACUGAGAUGGCAGAGAGAAAUGUGGUGAGUUGGAAUUCGAUGGUCAUGGCCCAUGCCAUGCAUGGUCAGUCUGAGCAAGUCCUCUGUCUCUUCAAGCAGUUGAAGGGAACAUAUAUUGUGCCUGACGAGAUUACAUUCCUUGGGUUACUUUCUGCAUGCAGUCAUAGUGGGUUAGUUUCAGAAGGGCGGCGAUAUUUUGAAGAAAUGAAACUGGCCUACGGGAUUGUACCCAAAGCAGAACAUUAUGCAUGCAUAAUUGAUCUUUUGGGUAAAUCUGGGCUUCUUGAAGAGGCAUUUGAAGUUGCACAGGGUAUGCCAUUGGAAGCUGGUGAGGCCGGUUGGGGUGCUCUUUUGCAUGCAUGCACAAUGCAUGGCAAUUUAGAGAUUGGUGAAUGCGCUGCUGGUAAGCUAGUAAAACUCGAUCCUUCGGACAGUGGAAUCUAUGUACUUAUGUGUCAAAUAUAUGCAAGUAAAAACAAAUGGGAUCAGGUGAAGAUGUUGAGGAUGUUGAUGAGAGAUAGAGGGGUAAAGAAGAACCCUGGCUGUAGCUCUAUUGAGGUGGAUGGAAAAUUUCACGAGUUCUUGGUGGCAGAUGUUUCACAUGUUCAUUCAGAAGAUAUAUAUGCAGCAUUGAAGAACAUUUAUAUCCAUUUAGAAUUGGAAGGUUAUGUUCCUCUUACUUAACAGGAGUGUGGCAGUUCUUCGUUCCUUGUUCAUGUACCUCACUGUAGAAAGAAAACGAAAACUUAACAACUGACAGCAUUUUAUAUAUUCAAAUCUCAGCUUCCAGCUGUACAUUUUUUCUCAA